UAGUUACAUCGAGUGGCCAGUCGCCAAUGAUAUUUCCGUUUAAUAUCGAUUCGAAUUGUCACGCUUACAUGGGAAAAUGUUGGCUACACUCGUAUUCGAUAUUUUAAACGCGUCAAGUCGGUUUCGAAUCCGCGAUUAACGUUGUGGUAUAUAAUUAAAGAUAUUUUCUCAUAAGAGAGCAAUGGUAUCUUCUUGGUGCUAUUUCAUAUUUCCCGUAGCCUUUUUAAUCGGCUUACUUCGCAAAUGUCGCGAACGCACGUGGGGCAGAUGCAAAAGCGAGGUCAGUUUACAGGGACAAGUAUUCUUGGUAACCGGUGCUAAUUCCGGCAUCGGUAAGGAAACCGUCAAGGAGUUAGCCAAGCGAAAGGCUACCAUAAUCAUGGCUUGCAGGAACGUGCAGAAUGCUAAAAAUGUCGUAUCCGAAAUUCGCAAUAGAAUAUCAACCGGAGAAUUGGUGCCCAUGGAGCUAGAUCUUGCAUCGUUGGCAUCGAUAAGAAAAUUUUCCCAGGAGGUUUUAACAAAUUUUCCUAAAAUUCAUGUCCUAAUUAAUAAUGCUGGAGUUUACGUGCCUCUCAAAGAACAUGCCUUUACAAAGGAUGGCUUUGAAAUCCAUUUUGGAGUUAAUCACUUGGGACAUUUUCUGUUAACGAAUCUGUUGUUAGACAGGAUAAAAGAAAGUGCUCCCAGCAGAGUCGUCGUUGUAACGUCGAAAUUGAUGGAAUCUGGUACCAUUGACUUUUCUAAUUUGAAUGCAGAAAAAGGAUUCAUAACUAAAGGUCGAAUGAAUCCUGCCUACUGUAAUUCUAAAUUAGCAAAUGCGUACUUUGGUACCGAACUUGCCAGAAGAACCGAAAACACUGGUGUCAAUGUUUACUCAGUUUUUCCAGGAUUUACUUAUUCUGGUUUAUUCAGACAUGUCAAAAGAAGUUGGUUCCAUUAUGUACUUUUUUCACCGGUAGCAUUACUUUUCCUUCGCACUGCCAAUCAGGGAGCUCAAACCAUACUUCACUGUGCCAUCGAUCCUUCGCUUUCCAAUGAAUCGGGUCGCACCUAUCGAGAUUGUAAAGUGUACGUUUCAAAGAGACAGCUAGAGCCUGAAGUUGCUAGUCAAUUAUGGAAAAUUAGUGUCAAGUUGACUGGUAUCCAAGAAACGACGAAAUAGGUUUAAUUUCUGCUUGAGCUUAAUUCAGUUUUUCCCCCGUUAUUUUUUUGACCCUUCAACAUUACAGUGGUGUAUACAAGGAAUUACUUUUGUACAUGAAAGAAACUGAUUUUCACGUCCUAAGGUACUUGUACAAAGUUGUUACGGCAUUAAUUUUAAGGUGCAUACAUUUAAUGGUUUCUGAGGAUUUAGUAUUUUCAAAAAAAUUAGAGAACUGUGGGAAAAAAUUGAUAGAACAACAUUACCUGGCACAAUUGUACAUCGUAAAGGAAGAUAUUAGUGGAACAAAGAAGAUUAAUAUGUUCGCUGAGAACUACUGCGAGCAAAAAUAAGUUUCUUUAAGUAACUAAUUCAGUGAAAUUGAUUAGGGCCUAACUUAAUGUAUUUAUGCAUAUACUGCGUCUAAUAAUUUUAUGAAACUAGGACAGCUGAAUUUUUGUGAAUAAUGUUUUAUACUGCUUUAAAAAAAUGAGGUUAAUUUUA